AUGGGCAAUAUACUACGAAUACUAAAAACCUUAAAUCACAACGAAGAAUUUCUGCCUUAUGUUCCAGAAAAGGAUUCAGAAGUAGAUAGGUUUCAAAUAAUUCAUCAUUUAACCAGAGAGAUAUGGAACGAAAAUUAUUUUUCGCCUAUGCGCGAAGCAUUAGAACAUGGAAUUAAAGUGUUGGACAUUGGAUGCGGUUCAGGUACAUGGGUUUGCGACAUGGCAUCAGACUAUCGAAGGUCCGAGAUAACCGGUAUAGAUAAGAUAUCUAUUUUUCCUACCGAAAAACCAUUCAACGUUAAAUUUCAAACGGGGAAUAUUUUGGAUGGACUGGAUUUCCCCGAUGAAUCUUUUCAUUUUAUUCAUAUCCGUUUUAUGGCAAUAUGGUUUACGAGAGGGCAGUAUGAAAGGAUAGUUAUCCCAGAAUUAUUGAGGUUAUUGGUGCCGGGUGGAUGGUUAGAGCUAGUGGAGCCCGAAAUUGUCGUAAAUAAUCCAGGAAAAUUGAUGGACAAAUAUGUCAAAUUAAUGCAUACAAAAUUAACAGAAACGGACCGAGAUCCUUUUUUUUUUGCUACUGGAAUUGAUGACUUUCUUCACUCCACUGGACAACUCGAGCAUAUCAACCACGAUAAAAAAUCAAUUCCCCUUGGUAAUUGGAAUCAACAGUAUGGAGCAUUAUGUUUACAAACAAUCUUGCCUUCGAUAGUUGGCGUACUGGUUACUGUUUCGGAAAUCAGCGAAAAACAGGUUGAAAAGAUAACGAAAGAACUGACAGUUGAGGCUAAUGCGAAUUACUCGUAUAUCUAUCAUCAUCGAAUCUUUGCGCAGAAAAUUCAGGAGCUAAGCGAAGACGAUCGUGCUGCCGGUGACAAUUUGUCGUCGUCACCUUCAUCAUAA